GCAGCAUAUCUACGUCCUCCCUUCCCAAGUGAUGAACCGGCGUUACUUGACUACUUUUCUGGGAACUUCUUGAAGGCUGUCUACCAUGCCGGCAAUAGAUCCUACAUCCGGCACGUCGGCACUGGCUCAGCCAGCGGCACCACUAAGCUCUACGAACACGUCUCCUGCAUUCGAUCGCGAAAAGGUCACAAUUCUUUUCGUCCUUGGUGGCCCCGGAUCUGGGAAGGGUACGCAGUGCGCCAACCUCGUGCGGGACUACGGCUUUGUACACCUCUCUGCGGGAGACCUUUUGAGAGAGGAACAGAACAACAAGGAGAGCAAGUACGGUCAAUUGAUUGCGGACUAUAUCAAAGAUGGCAAAAUUGUCCCCAUGGAGAUAACUGUCAAGCUCUUGGAAGGUGCCAUACGCUCAAAGCUGAACAGUGAUGGCACAGGCAAAUUCUUGGUCGACGGGUUUCCUCGCAAGAUGGACCAAGCCAUUUUCUUCGAAGAGACUGUUUGCCCUUCGAAAAGCACCAUCUUCCUUCAAUGCUCGGAAGAGGUCAUGAGGGAGCGGUUAUUGAACAGAGGUAAAACCAGUGGCAGAUCCGACGACAAUGAGGAGAGCAUUGUCAAACGGUUUCAGACAUUUGUCAACACGAGCAUGCCUGUGGUGGACCAUUUUGAAGAGGAGGGCAGGGUCAUCAAGGUCUCUGCUGAGGAUUCUGUGAAUGAGGUGUACGAGAACCUGGCCAAAGCGUUGGCUGAGAAGGGCAUUUCACCUUCGAAAUAAGUUUGGAGCAGAAGCACAUUGCGACAAACUCAAUCGUGCUCCUGAUCAGUCCUAGAUAGGUUGACCAAACGAGGAGCAAGUAACCUAGUGUGGCAGGCAAUGAUAG